UUGACUUUUGAAUUUAUAGCAGCAAUGGCGAAUAUCGAGUUGUUUCUUUAAUAAUACCUAUUAAAAGUUAAAGUAUUUUAUGUAAUUACCUAAUUAAGUGUUUAAUCUCAACGUUGCUUGAAUAAAUCUUUCAUUAUACAAUCAUGAUACAUUUUAAAGACGGUAAAAACAAAUCAUCAGCGUUAAGCACAAGAUGGGCGCAAAUGUCCAAGCAAGAACAAAUUAUAGAGAGAAAGAAGAUGGAGAUUCAAGCAAAGCUAGAAGCUCAGAAGCAAGCCGCUGCUUUAGCGGCCCAGGCUAAAUUAAUAAAUCCAAGUGCCAAAGAAGAACAAGGGUCUAACAAUAUUUUUUCAAACGAUGGUAGCUUUAUGAGUCAGUAUAAGGCUCUUAUUGAAAAGCAGAACAGAGAGAAAGAAGAAAAGGAGCAAAAAGAAAGGCAGGAAGUUAUUGAGGCUGAAAAAAAGAAUAAAAUUGAAGCUAAAUCUGAGGCUCAAAGAUCAGAUGAUCAUGGAUCCAAUGACAAUCAAGGCAAUAACAAUGAUAGAAAGUCUAGUAGAGACCGACAAAGACGAUGGGGCGAUAGAGGAAAGAACCGAUCGCACAGUCCCACUACACCAGUUAUUGAAGACAGGAAGAAAAUCAUUGAUCAUAAAAAUAUACCUUCCCUUAUGCAGAUACCUGUUAUGCCUCCUGAACCUCCAUCUCCUACUAAUAACCAAUGGAACAAUGAUGAUUCUAAUGAUCCAAAUGAUUCAGAACAUAAUAAUCGGCCUAGUAGUUCACCUCUACCUGAUUCUAGUAUGAUGCCACCAGGACCUAUGGGCCAUGGCCCUAUGGGUUUUGGGCCAAUGGGGCCUGGCAUGAUGGGCCAUGGCCCUGGUCCUAUGGGUCUUGGUCCUAUGGGAAAUAGAUUCAUGGGUCCCGGGGGAAAUGGCCCAAUGUCCAACAAUGGUCCUAAUAUGGGUCCUGCGCCUAUGAUGGGUAGAGGUGGUAUGCCUCCAUUCAUGGGUAGGCCACCAAACUUCCCAAUGCCACCUAAUUUCAUGGGUCCAAAUGGUCCAGGUGGUCCAUGUGGUCCAAUGCCGCCUAAUAUGUGUAGACCAAACAUGUGCGGUCCAGGGCCAAAUGGUCCAAUGCCUCCUUUCUUCCCACCAUUCCCUAAUCCACAAAUGAUGAGACCCAAUGGGCCACCAAAUUCAAUGUUACCACCAAAUUCUAUGAUGCCUCCUAACUCUAUGGGAGAUAAUAAUAAUCAAAAUAACAUGCCAUUCAUGGGACCAAGGCCUCCUUUCGGUCCCAAUGGACCUAACUUUGGGCCAGGGGGACCAAAUGGUAAUGGACCACCUAUGCCCUUUAUGCCUCCCAAUAUGAUGCCACCAAAUAACAUGCCUGGAAACUCUCUACAAGGCAUCCCUGAACCAAAACCGUUAGAAGCGGGUAGCAUUCCACCACCUGAACCUAUGAAACUUCAGAGCAUUCCUUCACCAUCACCCCUCCAACUAAACCACAUCCCACAACCAAAAGACAUGGAGCCAGGAAAUAUUCCACCACCAAAUUCUAUGCAAGUUUUCUCUGCAGAUCGGAUGCCGCCGCCCGUCCUUCGAGCCGCCAUCGAAGUAGCCACCAACGGCGACCAAUGGGAAAAUGUCCUGAAAGCCAUUCACUCCCAAGACCAAAAUAUGUGGUUUCUCCAUAAUCCAAACUCUAAUGAGUAUAAGUCGUUUCGCAAUAUCGUGAAUAAGAUACGGCAUGAAGGGCCGGGCUCGCUCAAACCUGAGGUUAAACCGGAGGAUAAAUAUGAACCUGAGUUCUGUUUGGAAGAUGACGACAGUAGCGACUCCAAACCACACACUCAGGAUAAGUUCAGCAACUACCAAGAGUCACACAACACAUAUUCAAACGUUAAACCGGAGCACACAAGCUCACAGAGCGAUGAAGAGUCAGAGGCGAAGAGAGAAAGACGCAAGCGAAAGAAGUCCAGGUGGGGAGACGAUCCAUCAGUCACUGAUAUUAAACCGCCCGGAGUGUUGGUUCCUAAUACUUUGCCUCCUGCGUUACCAGGUGCAAAAUUAGCGAAGAUUGAUGAGAAUGGGUUAAAGUUGACGAGCCUUAAUAAAAACAAUCCAGCACUAAUGCAGUAUGCUAUGACCAACUAUGGAACUACUAACCUGAGUCCCGAGGAUUGGGCCAAAUGUGAAGAUAAUUUUAAAUUGAAUUUAUUGUAUCAGGAUAUGUUGAAGAAACGAGAAGAAGUAGAGCGCUUGAACGCAGCUGGUAAAAAUAAAUACGAGUAUGACAGUGAUGAAGAUACAUCAGAAGGUACUUGGGAGCAUAGAUUGCGUGCAAAAGAAAUGUGCGCGACGGAACGAUGGGCAGACGAACUCACGAAGCAAGCGGCCGGGAAACAUCACAUUGGUGACUUUCUGCCGCCCGAGGAACUAAGGAAAUUCAUGGAGAAAUAUUCGGCAGCAAAAGGUGGAAAGGAGCCAGAUUUAAGCGACUACAAGGAGUAUAAACUUAAAGAGGACAAUGUUGGUUUUAAAAUGCUUCAAAAGUUGGGUUGGAACGAAGGACAAGGCCUCGGCGCGGAGGGCACCGGUAUAGUGGAUCCUAUUAACAAAGCGAACCAACCAGUAGCGAACAUGGGCCUAGGCGCUUCAUCAUCAGACGCAGUAUCACCUGAUGACGAUGAAUUUGACGCGUACCGCAAGCGCAUGAUGCUCGCUUACCGCUUCCGACCUAAUCCGCUCAACAAUCCGCGCCGUCCAUAUUACUGAAGCAGCUACAAAUAACCGAUGAAGAUAUUUCAACGUAAAUCAUAAAAUAUAAUAAAGUACACAAACGGAAAUAGUUGCUUUAAUUGUAUUUUUUUAACAUUAAUAUUGUAUAAGGUUCCUUUUUGUAUAACAAUUUUAAAGACAUUGUGAUUCAACAUUCGCCUUUUUGCGAAUAUGUGAUCAAUUUUUAAAUGUUUUUUGAUCAAAAUAAACUUUACCCUCCAAUAGAACUUAAAGUUUAGACUAUUCGUGUUAAUAAGUAGUUAUUAUGUUUUGCAUAUAAAUAGUAUUAGGGAUUAGGGAAUAGUAGUUUUAGUUUGUAUAAUUUUUUAUUUAACCACAAAACCCGCGUACUAUCGUUUAGGAAACAAUUAUUAUGUAAGGAAAUGUAAGUCUUCGAAGUACACUUCCAUUUUGUAUUAAGUAUAGAUUAGGUGUAAAGGUAUAUGUGAAUUAUGUUCAUAAUAAACGAUUAUAAAAUAAA